AUGGAGAGGUAUGCAAAAUCUAUAUUAUUUAAAGAUCAAUAAAUGUAGCAGUAGGAAAAAUUAAUAAAUCUUUGUUGCUAAAAUACAAAAGAAUAAUCAUUUUCUAAUAGAGGGAGAACUUUAAAUAAAUUAAUUCAUAGUCUCCUCACAAAAAUGUAGCAAGUAUGAUCGAAUAUUAUUUUGAAAAUGAUCACAUAAUACUUAUAUAUCCUUAUUAUUCUGGAGCUUUAAAUUAACAUGUAAAUUCUAAUGUAGGUGACUUGAGUAAAAUUAAAGUGAAAUCUAUCAUGAAACAAAUUUUAUCUGGAUUAAAUCAUAUUCAUAAUCUUGGCAUCAUGCACAGAGAUAUAAAAAUGGAUAAUAUAAUGUUAGAAGACAUUUAUGAUCAAAAAUGUAUUAAAAUCAUCGAUUUCGGAUUUUCUGCUUUCAAAGAAAAUCUAAGCUAUUUAUGUGGUAUGUGAGAAAUGUGGGACUAUAGGGUACUUUGAUCCUGAAAUUAUAAACGGAAAACAUUAUUAUGAGAAAUGUGAUAUUUACAGUUUAGCCUAAGUAUUUCACGUGCUCUUGACAGGGAAUCCUAUGUUUGAUAGAAACUUAAAUCGAUAAUAAAUAAUUAGGUUAUCAAAACACAAUUUAUUUGCAAUUGAUUAUAAAAAUGUUAAAGGCAAAAAGGCAUAAUAACUAUUAUUUAAAAUGCUUGACUUUUAAGAUAACAGUAACGAUGCGGUUUAAUGUAUAGAACAUUUUUACUUCGAUAAAGCGUAAAAUUUAGAACAAAAGUAUUUUUAUAUAUUUAUUUAUAGAAUUAAAUCUGUUGAAACUUUUCAAUUUAAGUCUCCAUUUUGA